AUGAAAAUUUCAAAAACAUUUUAUUUUUUAAGUUUUUUAAUUGUUAUUAAUUUAUUAAAGGUAUGCUUAUCAAGUUAUCCAGAAGAUAAUCUUAUCUAUAAUGGUAAUUCAUUAAGAAAUGUUGCAAGUUCAUUAAAUAACGAGGACGAUUCUUCUUCACUAAAUUCAUUUGAUGGAACUAGAAGUGAGUCAUCAAGUGGGUCUAGAAGCAUUUCUUAUGAAACAGAAAGUGUAUCAAGUGGGUACAGUGCAUCCACUGAAGAACCUGAAAGUGAGUUGUCAAGUGGGCGUACCACCCCUUAUAUGGAUUUUAAAGAACCAAAAUAUGUAUCAAAGGGUGAAAGAUACUUUAGAUAUCCUCGAUGCGAGAUUCCAGCUAAUUUAAAAGCAUUUGAAGAAUUUAUGACAGAAAAAAUAAAGAAACAGUAUAAUGAUACUAGAGAAGAUUUACGACUUUAUAUACGGGACCCUGAUUAUAUAAGAGGAAAAAUUUAUCAUUCAGCGUCGAAGUAUAAUAUUAUAAUAACACCUAUUAUACUAGAUACUUUGGUUAAAAAAAUAUAUAUUAAAUUAAUCGAAAAUUAA